AUGUUGGCGGGGCGUUGUUUCCAGGCUGCGAAUGCUCUACGGCCCUUGAGAAGAACCAUCACAUGCAGAGCAUCCAAUUUUUACACGGACCCCUCCAAGAACCAGGAGCCUGGGGUUUCUACAUCCCCUGACAUUCCCCCAGAGCAGCGGGAAAUUCUGGACAAAGCGCUGCGCGUGGAUCAGGCUGGUGAAAUUGCGGCUAAUUGGAUUUAUCGAGGACAAUUCGCCGUCCUUGGCCGCGACCCACGAGUUGGGCCCUUGAUUCAGGAAAUGUGGGACCAAGAAAAACUGCAUUUAGAAGUGAUGGAUAAAUUACAACUACAACAUGAGGUACGACCAACAUUGUUGUCCGACGUCGCCAAGGCUGCUGGCUAUGCACUCGGGGCGGCGACGGCCCUUAUGGGCAAAGAAGCAGCCAUGGCUUGCACAGAGGCAGUGGAGACUGUCAUAGGGGAGCACUACGAUGACCAACUGAAAGACUUUGAGUUGUUGCCAUCAUCCCAUCCAAGCAUCCCACUUCUGAGGGACGUUAUCAAAGAAUUUAGAGAUGACGAGUUGGAGCACUUAGACACUGCUGUCGAGCAUCACUCUCAGCGAGCUCCUGCGCAUGCACUACUCAGCGCAGUUAUCGGUAGUGGUUGCAAGGUGGCCAUAGAGUUAUGCAAGAGAUUCUGA